AUGGAACGAGCUGUGAAAGUGUACACGGUCUGCGAUGAAUCCAGAUACAUGCUUGUCAAGAACGUCCCGGCGCUGGGUUGUUCCAGCGAGCUUCUACAAUUGCUUGGAAGUUUUGGCCACAUUGAAGAGUACUUGCUCCUGGAUGACGAAGAAUGCGAGCCUUACACCGACGUAUACUGGAUCAAGUUCGCUGAUAUCGCCCACGCACGAGCUGCGAAGAGAAACCUGGAUGAUUUCCAGUUCUUUGGCAACCUGUUGCAAGUGAGCUACGCCCCAAAGUACGAGAGCUUGGCGGACACCAAGCACAAACUAGAAGCGCGCAGACUGGACGUCGUGGAGAGAAAAGCUGUUCUCAAGGACGUGGAUGUGAAUAAACGAUUGCGCCUCCAAACAGGACUGCUCGAUCCUCUCGACGUUACACCGCUAGAAAGUUUCCAACCGGAGCCACACUUUCCUCUCUCAGUGGCCUGUGAAGCACCAAUCCCAAAGCACUUCUCCGAGCCAUCGAUGAAUGCUACUGCGAAGAACGUCCGCGAGAAGCUGGAUAAGCUUUCCCAAGCUCCAGCCAAAGGCCAUGAAGAUCUCGUCAAGCCAGCCCCGAAGAAACCACGACGACGGAUAUGAAAACUGCGUGUCACCAUAGCUAGCGUCUGGAGCGCAUGGAGAUCGCAAGAACCUGUCUCAAUGCCAAUGCCA